AGUUUUCAAAAUGCGUCCAUUGACCAAGCCAUUGACCCUCGUGAGCAUCCGCUCCAGCGCCAAGCAGACGCUCUCCAAGGCCUACGGCCACCUCGUCACGUACUACUCACUCACCGUCAUGUGCCCGACGUCGCACGUCUGGUGGUCCAUGAAGCGCCGGUACUCGGACCUCUAUUACGUCUGGGCGACACUCAAGCGCAUGUACAAGCACGCGCUCAAGCUCAAGGGCGCGCGCCAGACCGACCGCGUCGUGACGCUCUUGGCGCCUGUUGUCAGCGCCCCGUUUCCGCCCAAGCGCCUCGGCCUCGACACGACCACGAUCGUGCAGGAGCGCCUUGUUGGCCUCAAGGAAUUUGUCGCGCACCUCAUGCAGCUUCGAAGCGCAUGCCUCGAGCACCGUGAUGCGUCGAAUGACUCGUACUUUGAGACGGAGCAACUCAACGAGAUCUACCGCCUCCUCGGACACGCGCUCGCCGUGCCAACGCGGAUGAACAGCCGCCCCACAACGACGACCGUUGCGACGACCGAACCGUGCGCGAUCUGUCUCGAAGACCACGGACAUGGCGUCAAGGACAGCGUGUUCCAGCUGCCAUGUGGCCACGAAUUCCACCAAGAGUGCAUCUUGGAGUGGUUCGACACGCAGCACACGUGCCCCAUGUGCCGCACCGAAGCCUUUGCCGGCUACAUUGUGUAGAGGGCCCUCUAUUUAUUUACCCACCCUAUAUAUACAUUGCGAUGGCGCUCCGUAGUGCACGGAGCGCACACAUACAGCCAGACAUACAACCUAUUUCCCCU